AUGUCUUGGCCACUUAAGAAGAUUUUAUCUUCUGUUCAAAUGAUUGAAGAUGUGGGAGGUUGGGUUACAGUUUGCAGGAAUGGCAAAUUUUCUAUCAAAAAGAUGUAUCAGUGUCUUCUUGGUGAUCAUGUGAAAGUUAUAUGGAGAAGGAUUGUAUGCAAUAACAAAGCAUCCCCUAAGAGCUUGUUUAUAACUUGGCUUGCUCUUUGGAAUAGGCUCCCUACUAAGGACAGGUUGGUGGCUUGGAAGAUCACUACUGUGGAGGAUUGCCCCUUGUGUACCACAAAAAAAGAAUCUGCAGCACAUUUGUUCUUUGAGUGUGAUUAUUCUGCUGCAGUCUGGAAUACUAUUCUGCAUAGCCUAAAGUUUACCAGGAAAGCUUCUUCUUUUGAUCAAGAGUUAGCAUGGAUUCUGAAAGCUACCAAGAGAACUGGGGAUAGAUACAAGCUGCUUGUUAUGUAUUUUGCUGAGUGCCUUUACAGCAUAUGGCUGUAG